UCACGUGAUGAAGGAACGAACGUCAGACACGUUAUUAGCAUGAGCCAAAUUCAUUGGAGGCGCUUCAACUUCAAGGCCCCAUAGCACCUUUAGCGCUUAACUGGCUAUCCCAUCAGAAACCGUUAGGCGUAUCUUCACUACUACUGUGAAAAGAGCACUAUGGCAGAACCAGAUGUACAAUUUAAGCUAGUCUUGUGUGGGGAUGGCGGCACAGGAAAAACCACCUUUGUGAAAAGGCAUUUAACAGGAGAGUUUGAGAAGAAGUAUGUUGCGACUCUGGGAGUAGAAGUGCAUCCUUUGGUCUUCCACACCACCCGAGGAACUAUCAAGUACAAUGUUUGGGAUACAGCCGGCCAGGAGAAGUUUGGGGGUCUCAGAGAUGGCUACUACAUACAGGCCCAGUGUGCCAUCAUCAUGUUCGACGUCACAUCCCGUGUCACCUACAAGAACGUGCCCAACUGGCACCGGGACCUGGUGCGAGUCUGCGAGAACAUACCCAUCGUCCUGUGCGGCAACAAGGUGGACAUUAAGGACAGGAAGGUCAAAGCCAAAAGCAUCGUGUUCCACCGCAAGAAAAACCUCCAGUAUUACGACAUCUCGGCCAAGAGUAACUACAACUUCGAGAAGCCCUUCCUGUGGCUGGCCAGGAAGCUGGUAGGAGAUCCCAACCUGGAGUUUGUGGAGAUGCCCGCUCUGGCCCCCCCGGAGGUGGUCAUGGACGCGUCCCUGGCGGCCCAGUAUGAGAACGACCUGAAGGUUGCAGCAGAAACGGCACUACCAGAUGAAGAUGACGACCUUUAACUUGUGACCCGUGACCUCUCUCUGCAAUUGCUGAUAUUAACCGUUAUCAUUUUAUUGUAAACCACCCCCCCCCACCCCACCCUCAACGUUUUUAUGGCUGUUCAUUUGUUUUUGGCUUUGUUUUGUUUUUGUGUUUCAAACGUAGUGUUUGGUAGCUUACAAAUUCUGUUAGUGACAAACAUAAGUAAAACUUCUGAGUGCUCAUAGCAUAACACACACAUACGCGCGCACACACACACACACACACACACAAUUUCUCUUUAAAAAAAAAAAAAAUACGAAUGCAAGAGUUUGUACACUGUAUGAGACUGACCGAGGGU